UAAAACGCCCUCCCUCCCUCUCCCUCUCUUCCCUUUUCCUCCCUCCAUCCUUCCACCACCUCAGCAGCCUCCAUUGGCUCAGCUCAAACUGCGGUGUCUCUCCACAGGUUUUUUGUUUUGUUUUGUUUUUUCCGCGGGAGGGAUUUCCUGCUCCGUGAGGAUUCUUGCUGGAUCUGGCCGACGGGGGUGGAAAAAAAGGGAGUGGACGGCGAGGAAGUGGCCGAGCGAGGAGGAGGAGGAGGAGGAGGAGGAGGAGAACGGGCGUUGGCCAAGCGGAGGACCUGGGAGUGACCCUUCAGCCCAUCAGCUCGUCUAGCCAGGAGCAGCAGGUCAGAGGCGGCGUCACGUCGCACCGAGGAAGGAGAUUUUUCCCUUUUCGCCACGUCAUGGAAGGACGCACCUUUAAAAGCCGGCGUGACCAUGGAGAGAAUCCACGUGGUUCUGCAGGUGCACACUUCCAGGAGCUCUGAUAUGGCCAGCAGGUGUGGCGACGCUCAGCUGUGUGUGGGUGCUACCUGGAUGUGGCGUCAGGGCUGAAGCAGCAGUGGCCCCUCCCUCUCCCAUGAGCCCGUGUGCCCGGACACGCACGCCCGGCGCCGCCAGCACGCACGCACCCGCCUCCCCGCCGCGCCGUCAGCCCCCGAGGAGCCCAGCGGAGGCCGGUCCAGCCCAGUGGGAGCCUGAGGAUGUCCACGGAGACGGAGCUCCAGCCGCCGCUCAGCAGGCCCGGCAGCCUCAGGCGGGACGCCAAGAGGAGAGGGCAGGAUCGCAGUGAGGCGGCUCUCAUCAGACGUUUUAAGGGCGAUGGCGUCCGCUACAAGGCCAAGCUCAUCGGCCUGGACGAGGUCAGUGCGGCCCGCGGAGACAAACUCUGUCAGGACUCCAUGAUGAAGCUCAAGGGUGUCGCAGCAGCAGCUCGCUCCAAAGGAGAACACAAGAAGAAGGUUUUCCUGACUGUUUCCUUUGGAGGGAUCAAGAUCUUUGACGAGAAGUCGGGGGUCCUGCAACACCACCAUGCGGUCCACGAGAUCUCCUACAUCGCCAAGGACAUCACAGACCACAGAGCCUUCGGCUACGUUUGCGGCAAGGAAGGCCACCAUCGCUUUGUGGCCAUCAAGACCGCACAAUCGGCGGAACCUGUGAUUCUGGACCUGCGGGACUUGUUCCAGCUCAUCUACGAGAUAAAGCAGAGGGAGGAAAUGGAGAAGAAGGCCCAGAAGGACAAACAGUGUGAGCAGGCCGUCUACCAGACGAUACUGGAGGAAGAUCUGGAGGACCCGGUCUACCAGUACAUUGUGUUUGAGGCCGGACACGAGCCCAUCCGCGACCAAUCGGAAGAGAGCAUUUAUCAGGUUCCCACCAGUCAACAGAAGGAAGGGGUCUAUGACGUCCCAAAGCGACACCCAAACGGGCAUCCAAACACCCACCACCCCCACCAACAUCAUCAUCACCAUCAUCUUCAUAGUCAUCUGCAACCCCCCCAGCCGGGACUCGGUGAACAUCUGGAUCAGCAUCACGAGGUCGAUCUGAUAGACUUAGGCCUGGAGAUGAGUUCUCAGAACAUCAACCAAUUAGAGCUUUUCGGAGACAUGUCGACGCCUCCUGACAUAACCUCUCCGUCGACCCCGGCCUCCCCUGCUAACACCCUUGAUCCGUCGCUAGGCCUGCAGCCUCCCACGGAACUCUUUGCUCCCUUCAAUCCUGCGUCUGUGCCCUCAGGUUACGUGACAAUGGGAGCGGUCCCCUCCGGACACUGGUCCCAGCAGGCCUUCGCCGCCCAGACGCCGCUGGCCUUCGGCGUGCAGUCCCCUCUGGGUCCGGUGGCGCAGGUGCUGCCCGGUGGACAGCCCCUCAUCUGGGGCCAGGCCAACAUCUUCCCCGCCACGCAGCAACAGUGGGCGGCUAUGGCGGCCGGAGCCUUCCCCCCAGCGGCCUACCUCCCCGCCCAACCUGUGGGCACCCUGCCGGCCGCCAUGUUCCAGGCUCUCACCCCCGUCGCCGCCGUGACGCCGGCCGGCGAAACCCAGUCAGGUGCAGGCGCUACGGGUCCGGCCGCCUCCGCGUCGUCGAGUCCGCAGCAUGGGGAGCAGGCGAAAAAGAUGAGCAAGGAGAUGUUCAAGGACUUUCAGUUGGCGAAGCCGCCAGCGAUGCCGUCAAAGAAGGGCGAGCAGCCCGGCUUAACGGGUACCUCAGAGGCAUUCAGCACUUACUUCAGCCGCGUCGGCACUGCCCAGGACACGGACGACUGCGACGACUUUGACAUCUCGCAGAUGAACCUGACGCCGGUCACUUCCACGACGCCGUCCACCAACUCGCCCCCCACCCCUGCGCCCCGCCAGUGCUCGCCCUCCAAAUCGUCCGCCUCGCACGUCAGCGACCCCCCCACGGACGCUACGGACCCCCCCACGGACGACUCGUUCGGGGAAGCCGAGGGCAGCCCGAGCCGGAGCGGAGAGGAAGACGCUGUUUGUGGUUCUGGGUCGCCCUGCCCCAGUGAGCCUACAGGGCCCGGCCCAGAACAGGCCAGUCCGGAGGCUGGGAGCUAGAUAGCAGCAGGGCAGGAAGGUGAAGGACCCUCUCUACGCCAAGAUCAACAAAGGGAAGAAAUAAAGACACACAGGAAGUGGGCCGGACCAGCACUGACAAGACUGGAGGAGGAGCUUCAUUUCUUCGUGUGUGUGCGUGCGUGCGUGCGUCAUCAAGAGCCUCCUCUCCCCAGUGUCUCCCCAUGGAGGACAGGUAUUGACACAGACCCCCUUUUCCCGACCUUAUCCUCUCCUCGGUCUUUCUCUGCGCGCCUCCAUCUUCGCCGCCGCCUUGCUUCCUUCCUUCCUUCCGCCUCCUGGACGGUGACUUUGCCGCAAAAACGGCGACUCCAAAUCGAAGCGGUGUGUCCAUGUCUCUGGACAAAAACCAUGCCACGCGCUAAAAACCUGCUACGUGGAGACGGACUCUGCAGGGUCUGUCGGUUUGGGAACCGGACCGGUUGGACUUGUGCAGAAACUCUGGGAGCUACUCACUCGCCGCACACACACACACACACACACGCACACAUACAAACACACACACACACACACACACACACACACACACACACACACACACACACCCACCCUCUGGCCUAAUGUGUCUCCUCGCAGACGAAGACCAAGGUAACAUUCUCUAUAGCUUUUGUACAAUACUACAGACGGGGGAAAAAAAUGAAGAAAAAACAGCAAAUUCGAGGGGAAGAAACCAUUUUUAUUUUAUAAUUCAAAUGGAAGCCGCAAUGUGGAGUUUAGCUCUGUAGGGGGCAGUGUAGAGUGGCUUUAAUGCGAUUCAUGGGCCAUUUUGUAAAUAAGCAUCACCACCAUCACUACUACUACUGCUACAGUAGUACGGUACUACAGUACUAUGGUACUACAGUAUUACAGUACUAUGGUUCAACAGUACAUUGGACCUCUGGGCCAUCAAAUAGGGAGUCUUCUAGUUAUGCAAAUGUUUCACCCAAGCAAUAGCGACAUGCCUUUUCACCGCGUUUCGUUGUCCCCUUCUCAGAUUGACUGCCCCUCCGCCAUAGCAACAAUAUAUUCCUCUUUUGAGGCUCACCCCCCCGCACCUCACCCUUUGGGAAUACAGUAGAACCUCUAAAGUUGAACAGAUCACUCGGUGGGGCUUGUGGAUAUUUUGACCAACCGCUUGCUGUGAAAACUCGAUUGUCCAUUUAAACUUUUUUUUGGUUAAAACAACAAGCAUAUAUAUAUAUAUAUAUA